ACAUUGUUUUGAGGCGGGGCUUGAGCUGACGCUUUAUAUAUUCAUGUCUUUGCUCAUUGUAACCAGAGGCACAUUAUUAGAAGUCGGUGCGACUUACAAGACUUACUGAAGAUAACAUCCAGCGAAAGCCAUAUUCAGCGAAGCUUUUGAACAACCAGCCAGGCGAUGGAACUGACAGUAAGACUGCUGGGCGGAGAUGUGAAGCGUCUGGAGGUGAGCGGUGAAGCCACAGUUGGUGAACUGAAGAAACUCAUUUAUCAGAUCUUCGGAGAGCCUCCUUACAAACAGAAGCUGUCUGCCGAUAACGGUUCGCGUAUCAGCCUUGAGGAUGAGUCUCGAACCCUCAGCAGUUACGGUCUGCACUCUGGAUCAGUGGUCAGUCUGCUCAUCACCCACCCCGGACCUUUCCAAGUGUUCGUCAGGAAUGAGAAGGGCCAGACCGGGACGUAUGAAGUUGAUAUCAAUGAGACCGUAGAUCUGCUCCAGGCUAAGAUCCACCGCAAAGAGAGAGUCCCCGUGGACCAGCAGAGACUGAUUUUCAACGGAAGACAGCUGGAGUCUGGCAGAAAGUUGCAGGAAUACGACAUCACCCCAGGAAGCACCAUUCACAUGACUCUCCGUCUGCGAGGAGGCUGACCGGAUAAAUGUGUGCAAAAAGGACUAAAAAGUGUUCUCAAAAAGGACUAAAAAGUGUUCUCUUUAUGUUUGUUAAUGAUGUAGCUAAAUACGACAGGCUUAUUAUACUCGCUAUCAAAAUGUUGUGUUUUUUUCUUCAUAAUGUCUUUAGAAUUCAUGCAAUUCCAUUGUUGGUUAUUUAUCUGCAGAUGUCUUCAGGGUAACACAUUCAGGUGUCCUUGUUACACGUUACAUGUACUUACUAUUAUAAUAACAAUAAAGUUAUUAAAACAGUAAAUAGUAAGUACAUGUAGUUAAUUAAUAUUACUCAGUACUUAAAUGUAUAAUUACACUGUAAAAAGGACACCUUAAAAUAAAGUGUAGCCUAACCCUCUUCAGAACUCAUGUAGGCUAAUUCCAUUGUAUAUAACUGUAUCUUUUAUCAUUAUGAAUGAUUUUUCACUGUGACUAAAAUAAUAAAAACUUCAAUCAUUCCCAUGAAAAAA